AGGGAGGCUUCCUCAGGCUGCCAUGAGAACUUGAGCAGAAGCUCAUUGCCGGCUUCCUCCUGGUGCAAGCUGCGUGUGAGCCCCAGGUCCCCCAUCUUCCCCAGGGACGUCGAGGACACUUCAGCACAAAAACCCUGCACUGCCCUCCACUAAGAGCCAGGCUGGAGACAGAUGCUGAGAACAGGAAGGCUGUGCGAGGAUUCCCCUGGCCUCGUCCUUGCUUCUAACCGGUGCUGGUACCAGGUGCCCGGUCCCGGGAGCCGUGACCAUGGAGGCUCUCCCCAAGGACGUGGAGGUCAACGAGAAGUCUCCAGAAUCCAAGGACCUGCUGCCCAGCCAGACCGCCAGCUCCCUGUGCAUCAGCUCCAGAAGUGAGUCUGUCUGGACCACCACCCCCCGGAGUAACUGGGAAAUCUACCGCAAGCCCAUCGUCAUCAUGUCCGUGGGCGGUGCAAUCCUCCUGUUCGGUGUGGUCAUCACCUGCUUGGCCUACACCCUGAACCUGGGUGACAAGAGCCUCAAGGUCCUUAAGAUGAUAGGGCCCGCCUUCCUGUCUCUGGGACUCAUGAUGCUGGUAUGCGGGCUGGUGUGGGUGCCCAUCAUCAAAAAGAAACAGAAGCAGAGACAGAAGUCAGUUUUCUUCCAGAGCCUCAAGUCCUUCUUCCUGAAUCGCUGAUGACGGUCUCGCCCUCUGUCCUCCCCACCACCCUGCCACCUCGACCAGGAGAAGAUGUGAUAACCAACAUCCAACAUCCCCGGCCCCUUGAGAGGUGGAGUCUUCCGUAAAACUGAUGCAGGCAAACCCUCUCCUGGGCCCCGUGGAAAAGAGCGAGCUCGGAGCUGCACCCUCCAUGCAGCUGGGAGGUACCGCGGGAUGAUCUCAUUUAGUCUCUCUGUUAUCACUGACGUUCCCUCAGAUCCUGGCCGUGGCCAUCGCCUUUCAUGGCUCUCAUCCCAGCCUGUGCAGCCAGGUGUCACUCAUCUAACGCUCUCUGCCAAGUGCUGUGCAUGUUGGGAAAUUCCUUGAGGUGGGCCAUGCCCCAAGAAGAACCUCCUGUUUACAUAUCUGAGUGCCUGAACUGGAUUCUGCAUUUGCUUCCUUCUAGAACCCAAGCUGACCAACGGAGGUCCUUCGCAGAGGGAAGGGAAGUUCUGACCAUUGGGUCUGCCCACCCCAGAUCUCUCUGUGGGCAAGAUGCUGGCUUGCAUUUCAAGAGAUCGGACAAGUCACAAGUAUCAAACAUUCCAAAGAGUGAGCAGUGAAAGGUGGCCGGGGAAGGACUUUCCAGGACGGCACAUUUCCCCUAGAAAUGGCCCUGGGAGUCAGCCAGUGAAGAAAUUUAACCCUUAGUUGUAUAGAAUUUAUACCAGAGGCAGUGAGGUGCGCUAGCAGGUGUCACAGACUCCCCUGACCUUCUAACUCCUUCUCCGUGACUACUCUUCCCUCUGAACUUGACACUUAGCCAAGGACAAGCGUGUGUUGCCCUAACUCCCUCUUUCCCCCACCCCAUGACUCUAGAACAGCCAGGUGGAGAAGGACGCUGUAAGAUUUUUCUCUCCUUCUCCCCCGUCAAGAAUCAAAACCAAGAAGCUUGAAUUCCACAUCUGAGUGUCUGUAGGUUUCCAGCGAUGGAAUUUUCUUUAGAAAAUCCCAACUUCUGCUCUCCCUGCCCCCACUCACCAACAUGCGUUUAAACCUUCAGUGAGGGCCCUGCUCUGGGCCAGGCCCCGGGGCGAGAGCAAGACAGAUGGUCCCUGGGCUCAUCUUCUGUAUAAAGUGAGAGACAGCCAGAGCACCAGGCGGCCAGAACACCCCGGGAUGAGUACUUUCUGAGGAAACGAGGAUGGGGGCAGGAACGCGGAGGGGACAUCUGUCCCAGCCCUGG